GCAUUAUUUCGAGUUGACUUAUAUCAAUAAUAUAAUUUUUAAUGACAUAAUGAUGUGUAAGUAAGGUCCAGACCCUGAAAAUAUCUUUCAGCACACAAAAAGUAUUAUCAACAAACUUUCAGUAACGUGUACUAUUAACAGGGAGGGAGGCCAUUGGCUGUUGUUGACUUUUUACUCACAACAUACUAUUUAAAGAUACAACAGGUGAGUGAGGUCCUGAUCCUUAAAAUAACAUCCAUUGGGGUCAUUCACAUCUACACCUAAAAAUUAAAUUUUUGCGUUAACUUUAGUGAAACAUUUUAAAAAUUUAUGGAAUCUGUUAGAAUUAAUUAGAAAUAAUAAAUAUUCUUUCCAAAAUUUUAAAAUAUAAAAUAAAACUAGAUUACAAUAUUUUCAAAAGGUGGGCAUAAGGUACCCGCCACCAACUUCGUGUUGCAAAAGAUAAAUAAAUAAAAGAAAUAUCUAUUAAGCUUGUGCAAACAGGAAAUAAUUUACGAAGAGGAAGUGAUGUGAUUAUCAUUUAGAGGCAGUCACUAGCGAACUAGUGAGUUAAAUGUACGGCUAGAACCACUCACAUUACUUGUGAACCUACUGUGAUAUUUUGAAUUUUGGUACCCAGUUGGUGGGCAGCACUGCAACCAAUUGAGGAGUGAACAUUCAGAGGCAAACUGGUACCCAUUAACAGAAGGUGAAGGUUUGCAGAAUUUUCACAUUGCUAAAUCAAAAUGAGCAAUGCUUACUUAUUUUCUUUUAAUGCAAGCAAUAUUAACUUGUACAACAUCUACUGUAAAACUUGGAAUGGAAUGCAGCACUAUUCAUUGAUGGAUAUUUGAGUUGGUGAUUUUCUCAGAUAGUUGGUCACAAACAUUUGCCCAACAAGGAACAUAUUCAGUGAUUAAUUCAUAAUUUCAGGUUGCAGAUAGUUCUUAACCUUCUUCCUCUUGCAAAAGCUGACAGCUGUAAAUUUUCAUGAAUCCACAGAUUUUCCUUCUAGGUCUUUAGCACGGAGUACCCCAGCAUUAAAUGGAAAAAAGUACUAGAAGCUUUACCUCUGAGCAAGUGCACCCCUUUCUAAAUAGUGUGCAUUGAAAGACUGGAGGACAACCUACAGUCAAGUAAACAUUCCUGACAUAGAUUCUUCACAAAUUGCAAUUCGUUACACCAAGAAAAGGGAGUCAAAGCUGAACGAAGCUAAGCAAGAGUUAAACAACAGAUACACAGUUAAGUCUGAAGUAGAACUGCAUUCACUCUUUUCCCCCUUUAAUCAUAAGGGCUCAAGUCCAGUUUCCACAACUUAGCAGGAGACUUAUGCUCGAAAGUCUUUUCUAUUUGUGCAUGUUUCAUUCCUGGUGUACGAUGGAGAGGCAAGUUUACAUCAGUUUGGAUUUGUGACAGAGAGACAUGGACUAAAGAGAGAGGAAAAACAUAUGGUUCCGGCGAACAGACUGGAUUACAAAACACAAUUACAACUGUAAUAAUAAUGAAAUGGUGAUUGGCAGGUCACACAGCCAUACAAAUAGGAGGUAGAUGGACUGAGGAAGUUCUUUAUUCUCUCGAAAUCCAGAAAACUAAAACAGAAGGUGUGUAGAUGACAAUUACAAAACACGCAAGAGCAACAAAGAUAUGUGUAUCUGGAAACUAACAGUCAGCAGGUGGUCUUUAUACAGCAGGGAUUGUAAAUGAUAUGAAAUAAUAUGCUGGCUAGUGAUUCCACUUUCCAGCAUUUACACUAACACUUAAGAAUCUCCCAAUUUUAAUAUUUCAGUAAUAUAACUACUACAGUUAGAAGCAUCCUGUCAAAAAUUAGUAUGUGUUAUCUUUCUAUCGACUGUCCAGAAAUAGCACUCAUUCCAGAGUAACUUUGCUGCAAUUCAUGUGCAAUAAAAUACACUUGCAGCCCCCCACACAAAUGAGUAGUACAUACAAUGAUAUUAAUGUUGAAGUUUCCUAACUGUCAAACUUUUUAAGGCAUAUCCUAAAGUGAUCCUAAAUAAAAUACAGUUGCCUCCUCUACGCAUUGUACUGCAUAAAAAAGGGGGCUCACCCAGAUGCUCUCCAAGCAGUUUAAUACUGCCAAAUACCAUCACCAUUGUAUCAAUAUGAAGUGUAAAAACACUUAACAAUUUUGCUUUUUUGUGAUUGAUUUGGGGUGGCCCUUAAAAGGGCCGGGAAUGAAAGGGUCAGGAUAAUGGAACGGUAGGAUACAGGGGAUCAAAGAAAGGUCUUUGACUACUAAACGAACAAAGAUUUUACAAAGUAGUCUAAACAUACUCAAAAAUCCGAAAACCUAUGAAAAGGAAUUCAAUUUAAGUAACAUACACAAAGUUUUGCUAGCAUACAUCAUGUUCCAGCUCCUAUCUUAAGCUGAAGAGGAUGAAGCAGGCUUUCAAUGAAAAUUCAGAAAACAGCUACACAUUACAGUUAGCAACUUAUCACAGGCAGAAUGAGAUGAAUCAGUAAACAAAAAUUUGCAAAAAAAUUAUGGUAUGUACACAUACUUCCUAAACAUUCAAAGGCUAUAAUUAAUUUGACAGAUUUAUAGUGUAGCUGCUGAGGAUAAACCUCUUAAGAUUCUAAGAGCUGGCUCAAAAACAAAAAUGAACAGGUACUAAUAACGGAAAUAAAAUCUAAAAAUCUUGUCUGAUUUCCUACCCUCAUUUUAGUCCAUUACAAUGAGGAAAUAUUGACAUACACAAAAAUUUCUCCUUUUUAUGAGGGGAGGAAAACAGACCCCAAUACUGAGAUCUUAACUGUACACAAAAUAAUAUAAAAAUGAAAAGAAAAAUAUUCAUCUUAAGAAACACACAAUAUCAAAGAUUUACACAAUAGGCCUACAAUAUUGCACGAUGCAACUCAUUUUUGGUGGAAGACAAAAGAUCUACAAUAAUUCACCGGCUUGUUUGUCCAUCUAGUGAUCAACAUAUUAUUACCAUGAUCAUGUUGACCUUGGAUAAUGGUAUGACAAUGCCGGACCUUAUACUGAAAGACAUAAUACAUUUUAUUUGUACUCGGCUGCCUGUAAAGACAACAGUUCCAGAUUAAAACCUGAAGUUAGUGUUUCAAUUGGUCCAUAAGUCUUCUGAAAGCUGACUUAUAAACUUCCACUGUAUUUUAUGUAGUCUCUAUAAUCUCACAUCACUGAUAUAGCUUACCCAGGAAGCAAAAAUUUGGAAUGUUUCAACAUUCAUUCACUUUCAUACAAAUAUGCUCUCAUCACAGAUGCUAUGGAUCACACUUCAGCAUUACUUCCAUAUGCACAAUCAGGCACAUAUUACCGGCACAAACACUCGUCCUGUCAAUUGAACAGUUUGUUUACCAACUGUUUGCAGUUCGAAUAUGAUCUAUUUAUGACUGUAUUAUAUCUUUAUGUAUUAAUAAAUUUCAUUAACAUUACAAUUUCAUACCAAAUUAUUACUGAGAUUUUCGUAGGCAGUUGACAAAGCAUUUGUACCUUAUUAUCACAUGGAAGGAACUGUAAAACCUGAGUAUCUCUACAACAAUUGACUUGAGAACCCAGGGACUCAAUUGCACCAAGCCCCAUGGUUUUCUUAUACGUUCAAUACAAUUCAAGUUUACAGGCAACUUUCCAAUCACAGACAAUUUAAAAAAUAGAUGUGAUCUACACGAUAUUAAUAUUUAACAUGAUUAAAACAAUGACCUAUGACUAGAUUUAUACAAAUUUGUCUUCAGUCUCCUCAGGUCAUUUGGACUUAACAUGAAACACUAACUUAAAAAUUUACAGUAUGUGCUAAAAAGAAGUCAUAGCUCUUGGAAACCUUAUUUGUUUUACAAAACCUUCCGAAGCAAACCAGAUCCUGGAGUCUGCAGCUUGCUUAUACCUUUACCUUUUGAUACCUUUACCUUUUAGUUUUUACAAAUGCUAGCUGUAUGAAAUUGAAAUGCACUUAUGAAUAAUAUGGAUAUGAAUCAAAGUACUGUACUUAAACCUAUGCUUAUAGACUAUUGAAACCUGGCAACAUAUGUCCAAAGAAAACUAUGCAAUUUUUUAUUAAUUUUGUGGUCAAAUACUCUGUACUCGGAAUUUUGUAUGUACAAUGCCACUAGACUUUAAAGAAAUUAUAAACAGGUUUAUAAAUGUUUCAAUGCCUAAACUAAUAAAUGUAAUAUAUUUUCUUAAGUCUAAUUUGCAAUCCUUGUGAAGUUAUUGCUGCAGUAAACUACAAAGAUCACAUUUGCUUUAAAAAUAGAUGUGAGCAAAACAAUGAUUUUAUUUCACAAUUCCAAAAUACUAAUUUUCCAUCAAUACAGCCAAACAAAGGCUUGCACAGAAGCAUAACAAGAAAAUAAUUUCAUGCAGCAAUCUAUUCACAUUGUCCUGCUCACACUAUGUGCAUUAAAUUAAAGCCAUCCCACCUGUAAGCUACAGAACGUACAUUCAACCAAUGUAUGUGACUUAUGAGGAUCAGAUGUCACAACUAACAGUCUUCAUGCCGAAACAUUUAAUAAUAUUUUCAACUGGUUGGUAACUUCUCUGCAUCUAUCUAUUCUCUCCGAUGCAACAGCAGACAAUGGGGCGCCCGACAUCAUGUAGGCACAAGUUGUCCAAUGUGUUGGUGGCUUGGGAAGAGCGGCUGGUGAAGGUGGUUCGCUGAAUUUAGCACCAGCGUAAAAAUCGCCGUGAGUUGGUGAGGAUCUUGGGCUCGCCUCCUUGGACGGAUCGCUGGACGCGUUCAGUUUCGGUGAACCCUGCCUCGAACCUGGCGGAUGAAAUGCUGGUCUGUCUGUAGCUGUCGUUUUAUCGCGACUGCAGGCAAUUUCCUGACAUUCCAGCCUUCGAACUCUCCCCCUUGGUGGUGUAACGAAGCUGUGCAAAUAUGACGCACUUUUCCAUAUCUUUUGUCUGGAAUGUGAUUUCUGGCGAUUACUUGUGCUGUGUGAGAAAGGACUUCCAUAUCUCUCCAACUUUUUUUCGACCAUUUUCAGUAUUUAGUCUUUUUACAGUUCAAAGUAACACUUUCUUUUAAACACAGCUGUUCACUUGGUGUCCCUUAAACACUCUUUUUUUUAGAAGCUGUGCAGAUUUGCGCGAAUUAUUUAUCACACGUUCUGUAAAGAUGACCCGUAAUUUUGAUAAGUCUCACAGCACAAGAGUUCACUUACUGUUCAAUUCAUCUCAAAUUUUCUCAACAACUGUCCAACGAAUUUCAUAAACAUAAACAAAAUGGCGCUUGCUCUCAAUUUCAAACUACUUGCAACGCAGCUUAUUGCAGCACAAUAUUACUCCUGAAACUUUUAUCAGUCUCUACAAUACCUCUGAAUAUUGCUGAACAAAAACCACAGAAAAUAAAACGGAGAACAACAGCAAGAGUCCACAGCUGAACAUCAACUGAUCUCCAUCACUUCCUACGACCUUCUCACCUCGCCAUGUAACUGCGUCACAAGCCUCAGAACACACAAAAGCCAAGGAAACUCGCUGACGUAGAUGCACGAUUAAAAAAGUAAUAAAAAAAGGGAACCGUGUCACGUGACAGAGUUUCUCCAAUGGCUGUGCAGUUUCAUCUGUGUAUUCUAUAAGAUUGUGUGUUUUGUUGGAAAGCCAGACUGUUGUUUUAUCACAUUGAGUUUAACCUAAAUAUCCUCAAGGAGCAGAAAUCACAUACGUUUCUGUCUGAUGUUCUCAUUAUUAUAAUGAAUCCUAACAGCCGUGUGCCUCCUCUCAGGAGUUCAUCACAAUAUCCUCGUCAUGUCAGUGCCAACCAUGUACCCAGGCCAAAUCAUCAGCCAAGAUGGCCUGUCAAUCACGUUCCGUACGCCAAGGACUAUAGGCAGUGCUACCAAAAUGGGGAUUGUCCAGCCAUGCAGAUAGCUGGUGGUAAUGUGCCUCCAAAAGAAUCCGGUUAUCUCAGCUACCCGAAACCGGGAAGUCCACCUGUAAAUGGCCACGGAAUCUACACACCAGAGAUUGUGCCUGGUGAUGUUUCUCCACCAUUACGAAUAAAUAUAUGUGCACAGCGAUGCUGUUGGUCUCCACCCGUAGAGCCGCUGAGUCAUUCUCAGAGGGAAAUGGAAAAUACUUUGUGUGGUCCACCCAUCUUGAGUGUCAGUCCUAGCGGUUUGCCAGCAAGCACUGUGGAUGUUCAUCAACAUACAGGAGUAGGUCUGGAAUUUUCACCGAGGCGGACAGUCACUGCUGGAGAAAUUCGCCUGAGUCCUUUACAAAUUCAGCAUUCGCCUCCGUAUUUUAGAACUAACAGUCAAGAUGAUGGAAGGAAGAGUGAAAGCCCUUCGCGAAAACGAAGGAGAGUAUCUCGUGGAGGCAUUCAGAUGGCCGUACCUGUUCCCACAACAGCGCCACAUACGAGGACACCUUGGGAACAGCGCCGUUCUCCCAGGCACCAGUCAACUGCUCGGAGUGUAAGUAACAGUUUGAGACGCACCAUGCGUUGCACGCCAGUGUGGGGUCCGCUUCCCCACCAGGAGCCGCCCUACACGCCGUUCCACCCACACCCGGCGCACACGGCCCAGAGUCCUGCCACAGUGCCGAUACCGCUUCCGCUGUCGCUAUACCCUGGCGGCAGCCCCCCUCCGCAGCACGGCUGCCAUCAGCACGGGCUGUACGGCUGCUGCAGCUGCCCCCCAGCAUUCCCUCCACCGCCCUCAGGGCCUCCGCCGAUGCCUCCACCACAAGUCCAGGUUCCACAGUUUGGGAGUUGCCUACCACCCCAUCAUCAGUCAUAUGCAGCAUUUCUUCAGGCGCAAGCUCAACCAACGCCUGGGUUCACAGCUCCUCCCAGUCCGUGCCUUUCAGUUUCUCCAGUCCAUUUCCCUCAACAACCUCAGCAUGCUGAUGCAGUGGAACUCCUGGCGGACCAGCGAUCUACAUUCCACCAGCUGCAUGGCACCCAUCUGCACACGACUACUCCAUCUCCACCACCGAUUUUUGUAACAGAGCAAAGAACAGCUCAAGUAGAUCACCUAUCAACACGAAGUCGUAGACCUAGCACACCCAGCAGACGUGUUGGACCACGCCGGUGGAGACCUACUCCUACUCUUCCUGCUUCCACAUCGUAUCCAGGGCUUCUGUUACACUUCCUUGCUAUGUUCUCAAAUGCUCCAUUGUCACCAUACAGUCAAGCUGAUUUGGGUAGCCCUGAUUCAACAGAGACUGAAAACUAUGAAGCUCUGCUCCAUUUGGCAGAGAGAUUGGGUGAAGCCAAGCCUCGUGGACUGGCAAAAAUUGAGAUAGAGCAGCUACCCUCGUAUAAGUUCAACGCAGACACACACCAUGGUGACCAGACGUCAUGUGUUGUAUGCAUGUGUGAUUUUGAAGCCAGGCAGAUGCUUAGAGUUCUUCCUUGUUCACACGAGUUCCACGCAAAGUGUGUUGACAAGUGGCUGAAGUCCAACAGAACAUGUCCCAUCUGCCGUGGAGAUGCAUCUCAUUAUUUCAGCCACCAGGAUUAGAGAGCAAGUAAUACAGCAGAACUUGGAAGUGCUAUUUUCUUAUGUUAAGAGAAUAUAUUUCUUGUUAUAUAAAGAAAAUUGAAAAGAUUUAAUCUUUAUGUUGUUAGAUGUGUUCCUUUGAUGUUAUUUAUUCUUGUUUCGUUCAUUCUGUCUAGAGUAGUUUACAUGAUUAUUUCCUUAGCAGUAAAAUCAUAUGAACAGAAGUUGUACUUGGUAGUUUUUUGUAAGUUACUUUUAGAUUUUUCAUGCCUCUUACAAGCUCUGUGGUUUCCCAAUUAAUAUUAUUACACAGACAAAUAAUAUAUUAAUAAGCUGCAUGCGUGUGCCCUGUUGAGAAGGAUAAGAAACACAUUCAGGGUAUCAACAUAUUAGCAUGUGUCAUUAACUCCCCCCCCCCCCCCCCCACCUAACACUCCCACCAACCCACCAUGACAAGUUCUUGUCAAACUUCUGAUGAUGGUUACUGGUAUGCACUUAAAAAAAAAACUAAGAUUAUCUCAUUAAUGGUAUAUUUUUAUGGUUUAGUUUUGAAGGUUAAAUUUGCCUUAAAAAAAUAAGUGUCUGUGAAGUAUGUAAUAUGUCUAACAUUUUUCAGUAGAAAUUAUAAAAUUAGUUUAAGCAUGAUCACAAUGAUUCACAAAGUUGGGUGAAGUGUUGUAAAGUUAAUGAAUGAAACAUCCCAUUUUACAGGAUGCAGUAUUGAGGUUUGCCUGGUGAAUACCAUCAUAGCAAACUUGCUGUUGUUAUACCCCCAACAGUGUUUUUCAGAACAUUGUAACUUUAUUAGAUAUAUACCAUAAAUCUUCAUCAGAUGUAACUUUGCCUCAUCACCCUAGCUUUUUUAUUACUCUAGGAAAAUUUAAAUUACUUUGUUGAAUAUUUAUGGUAGGCUCAGAUGCGCGGGAAUCAGGAAAAAAGUUUGACAUGUGAAAUAACUACUUUUAAUUUUCUUUUCCUUUGUUGUUCUUCCUAUGUUUUCUUUUGUAGUAUUGACUACAAAUUUUAUUAAGAUCAACUGAAUUUUCUGUUGGUGUUUAGCAAAACGUAACAUUCAGCAGGAAAAAGUUAUUAAUGUUCUGGAAAAGUGUAUUUAUUUGGUGACUAACUAUCUUUAGACUUAUUAGGUAAAGGUAAAACGACAAGCCAAAAGCCAGUUUGCGACAAAAUGAAUGUAACUGUGCAGAACAUUAUGAAGUGUUUACUAUUUAAUAUUACAAAUGUUCUUUAUUUUGGAGACAUUGAAAUGACUUGAGCAAUUUGGGAAAAAAAAUGUGUGGUUUCCCAUUAAUAUUACAGAAGGGAAGUGUUUCAAAGUAGCACACUAGCUGUUAAAGAAUGGCAUAAAUUUUUAUGUUGUUAAUGUAAAUUUUUGUAUAUGUGAGAUUUGGGGGAGUGGGCAUAAUAUAGCAGUAAUUCAUGUGAAUUUAAUAUCGUCACAGGAUGAUACAGAAACUGUCAACACCUUGAGAAUGUUUAUUGAAGUAAUUUAUAUUGUAAGAAGAAAUGUUAGCCAAUUUCAAGAUGACGUUCAUUCAGACUGUAAAUAUAGUUCUGGAAGUUCUGUAGGUGAAGUGAGAGUUUUAACACACACAAUCUCGUUAGCCUCUAAUUCCAGGUAAAGAUUCUAAAGUUUAAAUAAGAAAUAGGAUCUAGUUAUUUAUUCAUGUACUGUAAAGGCUACAAGAUGAUCAAUACAGUUGCCUAUUCCUUGUGGGAAUCAUCUAUUUGAAUAUUUUGUAUCAAUACAUACUCGGUCUUAAGUGGCUGUGUUAUCUGUCCAGAUACACAAUAAGUUGAUCAUUACUAAACAAAUAUCAUUUUAAUUGUUGAUAUAAUUUUUCUUCAAAAGUUGUUCAGAUUGCUCAGUCAUUUUCAUUUGUCCCAAUUCGGGUAGUACAUUUAUGUGCCUUGUAAGACAUCUUUGUGCUGAUCGGUGUAAUUGCUGAUACACUUGAUGUGAUGCAGUUCCCUCUAGUCAGUUUACAUGCUGUUAAGUUUGUCUGUUCUCAUUCUUGUUGUUUUAAUAAAACAAAAAAUUGCUGAAUUAUACAGUCUGACCCAGGGAAAUGUAUGACAUCUAGUGUGUAGCUGAAAAUUAUUUUUAAGAUAUUAAAAAAGUGCAAGUAGCAACUUUGUCCAUGUAGACAGUACUUACCUGUGGAACCACCAUUUGGAAAUAAUUUUGUUACUACAAGUGGUAUUGGAUUUAUUUUCUAAGUGUCAAUAUGAUACAGUAAAAUUCUUUCCUUCGAUAUAACUAUGAGAUGUUGCCAGAAGUCUGGAAAAAACUUUGAAUUGGAAGAUUACUUGCACAACUAUCACAGUAAAACCCCUCUGUAACGAAUCUCUGGUCACUCAAAUAUUUAUCCUUAAAUGGGGGUUUUGACAAAGUAUACGGAAUGCUUUUUAAUUACUGAAUUACCAGUAUCCUAUGCUGCAGAUAUAAAUCCAGUAAAUAUAUAAUUAUUACACUUUUCACAAACACAACUUUCAUUUUUUUUUUUUUUAAAUUAACAAGUCUUGUUUAUUUCGUCCUUCCAGCAUAUUAUAGUGAAAGAAGUUGUACUCCAGCUGGUUGAUAUAAGGUAGAAUAGCUCCAUCUAUGUUAAAAGAAAAAUAAAUGUCUGGUAGUAUCAGUUCCUUGCACAGCAGCAGUGAAAGUUGAUGCAACAUACUAGUUUCUUCCUCUACUUCCUCUACUACUACUUCUUCUUCUUAAAUCAUAAUCAUCAUCAUCCUCCUCAUUAUUCCCACUGCCAGUUCCUGUCUAUGUUACCUUACAAAAAUUUUACUUGCAUCAGUCUCGGGUUUGGAAGUCGGGAUGCUGUCAUCACGGCAAUGUCCUGUGAUGUUGCAUUUUCAGAAAUAUCAUUUUUCCUAUUCCAUUCUUCUUCUAGAACACUGUCAUCUUAAACAGCAACUUAUGUACCACAACCAGCCUCUGUGAAACAAUUUAACACAAUCUGUUAUGUCACAGAAUUCCAGGCAGCAACAAACAUAUACAUAGCCUGUAUGGUGCCAAGUCUCAUGAUUUCCUUACUUUCAAGGAAUGAAAUUGGCUUCUACACAAUUGCUAUUCUGUAUUUGGUUUUAAUAGAGUAUAUUAUGCCUAGGUACAGAGGCUGCAGAUGACUUGGGUAGUUCGGACUUAGAAACACAACAUUUACAUUCCUCUGAAAUUGUUUCCUUGGUAUGUACAAAACAUAGGUCAAUAAUAAGUAAAUUUUCCUUCCUGCAGCACCCAUCGUGGCAUUUACACCCAGAAAAGUAACGAAGGCAGUUUUUAACUUUCAUCAGUACUUACACACUGUAGUGUCAUAAUCCUUUCUUUACUUUUUACCUCCAUGGCAUUUUUCUCCCUUAAUGGAAUAUAUUAUUGCAAGAAGUAAAUUAUAAAAAGGCACCAGUUUCAUCAAUGCUGUGGGCUCAGAAGCAUGUAUCAGUCAUGGCGACAUAAUGUUCUUCCAAUAGUAUACACUUUCUUUGACCAAGAACUUGACUUUCUUCAUUUACACUUUGGAUGGAUAGAUUUUGAUGUACUAAAAUAUAAAGUGCUGAUCUUCAGAGUGAUUUCAAUAGCCUUCUCAUGCACUAAGUUUCUGCUUAGAGGAAUGCUUAAAUUUCUCAGUCCUUGAAACAUUUUAAGAAUAAUAUUUUCCACAUGAUUGAAUGUAGACAUAUUGAAUGUUCUUCCUUUCUGAAUCCACAGGAAUCGCGUGCUUUGACAUUUAAGAAUGCAUCCUUAUUCUUGAAUAUAUUUCUUCGCCGUGUCUGAAAGAUUUAUUUUAAGAUUGUCAUUGACAUCAUAAAUGAUCAUCAGCUUUCUAUUUUUGCUGGCCACAAAUCCACAAAAGUAAAACUGAUAACUUCGACACUUCAUGCUUCAUAAACUCAGUAUAUCUUGUUGGCCAUGACUCUGUGAUUGUGGGUGUCAGAUUAUGUAAGCUAAGUCACAUGAAAAUAAGAUUGCAGAUUCUUUCAACACAUUUGCUGGUACCUAUACAAAGAAAGCCGAAUUAUUGGCUACGAUCUACAUGUUGACUGGUUGAUUACCAUUUACUGUGCCACAUGACAAGAAAUUGUGUGUGUGAAAUGGAAAGAAAUCAAACUCACUUGAACAUGUUAGGAAUUACACAAAUGUUGGGUUUCAGUUUGCAAAAUGUUUCAUGGUUAUACCAUAAAAGCAAAGUUUUUCGUAGAGCAUGGUUGAAAGUGGGUAGAAACAACAAUGUUAUUAUGGGAGAUUCGCCAGGACUAACAGGAAUUUUCUUUAAAAGUGAGAUUUCUUUAGGAGCAGGUUCGUUAGUUUAGGGUUUUACUGUAUAUUAUUCCUUUUCAUGACUUGGUACAGUAUAAAAGUACAGUAUUUUACAAAUUACCCAGAGUAGGUUGAUUAAAUAGAGUUACAAGGAAUAUGCAUGAAGAGGUAGAAUGCCAGCUGAGCUAAACCCAACAAAAAUCUGCUUACGGUGUGUUGUGCCUUCAUAAUACAAGCAUAUACCAGGAGAUAAUGAACAUACAAAUGUGUUUGCAAUUGCUCUUACAUGAAUUUUGGUUACCAUGUUUGUAAAAUGGCUUUUUCUUCCCAUUCUUGAUUUUAGUGUAAGGGGUAAAAAUUUGUGCAGUGUUCUCCAAAAGCUAAUAAUUUCUUCCUUAACUAGGAUCCUUCAGUUUGGUCAUAAAACCAUAACAUAUUGAGGUUUCAUUCCCCUCAGGUUAUUCUGAGCAAUGCAAUAAAAUUAAUAUUACCUCAUUAACAGUAGCCUUUUGCAUAAUACAGAUUUAGAUCCAUUUCAGUCAGAGUAUUUUGGAAAAAGAUCUGAAUAGUACAAAAAACCACUACAAACUGUAUAUAGUUUUGAUGCAGGGAUUACUGAAAAGCUGCAUUGUGGCAGUCUUGUUUUCUAAUUUUAGAUGUAAUUUUAUUCAUUUGUAAUGAACUAAUGGCUUGUAAAUAUUUGCUUAUUUUGUAAGUGACUGAAGCAAUAUCGUUAUCUAGUGGCUUUGUAAGUUAGAAUUUCAUAGCUUUUUUAUACACAUAGAAUCAUGCUUUUUGCACUUAGUAUGGGUGUACUGUUAUGUGGUUGUGUAACUAUGUGGAGUUACACAACCGACUGCAGUGUUUCGACACCCAGUAUGAAGUAAGUCUGAUGGAAGAGAGGUUUUUGGAUGCCAAAGAUUAACAUAAUACUUGUUUCCUUCGACACCUGGCUUGAAACUGGAGCAGGUGGGAAGAUGGAACAACCAGCUUGUUGAGGCUGCCAACUGUUAGAUUUGAAGGUGUGUUCAUUACACAGUUGUAAAUUGUAUGUGCAGUGAAAGCUCUUGGUUAAGAAUGCAUUAUAAUUUUGUCUACCAUAAGCUGUUGCUGUGAAAUUAUGUAGAAUUGCCCUUGUAUUAUGAUGAUAUAGAACUUUGAGUCUGCAUUGGAGGCAUAUUAUGUCAUCGAAGUAAUGUUUGUGAAUACACUAAGCUUUGUUUGUGACUGUAAUCUUUUUUGUUACUGUAGUUAAUGCACUUUCAUGUUAAAUCUUUAAAACUCACUUUAGUGAUAGCAAUGAAAAUUUGGCUAUUCUGUUAGUUUACAUAGUUAUAAGUCAAUUUGUUUGUAAGUAACCAAUGCUUAUAGCCAUCAUAUUAACUCAGGCCUCUUUCACUAGUCAUGUGGAAUAUUGCCAUUUGUUAGUAGCAUGUACAAAAUGAUUUACUUUGUUUAUUGUUGUAUUUCUUACUUGUGGCUUAUUUGCAAAUAAUGGGGAAAGGAAUGCAGUGUAAUCCUACUUUAUACAUAUUUUUUAUAGUCCCAGUGUACUGUUGGGCUGAAAUAUUGUAACAUUUGCUUCUGUCAGAGGAUAAUGAAUUGAGUUCUUAUACUUUGAGCAACUUUGAUUAUUUGAAGAGUGUAAAUGUUCUCCAGCAUAGCACAUUGAAAUAUGUCUGUCCAGAGGAAUUUCAAUUGUAAGGUCCUUGUAAUAUGUAACAUUGUAUUAUUUAUUUAUUCUGACAAAUUAAUGGUCUGCUUUGUAUUAGGUUGCAACAUGAGUAUUAUAUUUCUAGCUUUGUUUCCCACAACCAGUGGACACUUAAAGGAUGAGAAUCACAAAUUUUAAAUAUAUGUGAAAAUAAUGUCAUCAGCAAACUGAUUUUCCGAUCCACUUACAUGUUUUGGUUCUGAUUUCCCCUGCCCCCUUUCUCUUAGCCAUUUCAAGCUUCAUAGUAGUAAUGAGCUCAUUGACGUUCUUUACAGUUUGUUACGUGCAUACACAUUUUAUAUACAUACACAUGCUUGUAAUAGGUAAAUUGAAACUGUUGAAUUAGACUGCCAAAGAACAAAAAGUGCUUUAAAUGUUUCAUACACAUGCUUUCACAUAUAAAGAAAUGUAUAGAAAAUUAGGAGAAAUUGGAAAAUGCUGCCUUCGUAUGUCACUCCAUGUAAGUAGUCCGCUUGAUUGUAAGUUAGCGACAGGUGUGUACCCACCUUUUGUGCAAACAUGCUCUCUGUAUCUGUCCUGAAUUAUCCAAAUUUUCAGUGCAUUUAUAAUUCUAUCUCAUAGGAUGAUGUCAGAUGUCUGUAAUGUAAACUUAAGUUUUGUGCAGUAUUUAACUAGAUGUUAAUUUAUCUAUUUUACUAUUUGUUGAGUUUCGUCUCUGUGGAUUAUAUUACAUUAAGAAAUACAACAACCAGCUGAUUUUUAAACAUUUUCAUUUAUUCCAAUAUGGGUUUGAACUUUUGCCCUUCUUUCAUUGGCAUAAUACAUAUUUAGAUCUUCAGAUAGCACUUUUUUUUCAUUUAUAUUGUACUUGUUAUUACUCCUAUUUACCGCAUUUAAUUGUAGCACAGGUCCAUUUUCUUUUAGUGCUUCGCAAUGUAUGUAUUACAUCAGCUGAAGAUGGGUAAAAGCCCGGAAAACAUUGGUGUAAAUAAAAAUACUGGCAAGAGUGGCUGGUUGCUAUAUUUCUUGAAGUUAUAUUUAACUAGAUUCGUUGAGAUGUACUUUGAAUCUCUAAAAUCUACCCCCAACAACAUAGUUAGAAGUCUUAGUUCAGUCUUCUUUUUAUAAUAUUUAUCAGGUGAGGAAUCCUGAUGAGCCAAUUAAGGUUAUUUUAACAAUUAUAGAUAGCAAUCUUAAGUGAAAUUAAAAACAUGUUCUAAGUUCACUGCUAGAUAAUUAAUAAAUCAAGAUUCAGAUUGCAACAGAGAGACAUGCCAGUCCUUGUCAUUCCAGUGUCUAUCUUUAAAAAAAUUUGUGCUAAAUCAGUGAAUGCAACUGAGGUCAGGCAAUCAUAGGUGAUUGAAAGGCCUCAGCUCUGCAUUACCAUGGUUAGCAUUUCCAUACACACUUCCCAGUUGUCUGUAAAAAUUAAUGACGUCAAAACUGAACCUGAACCAAGCUAGGAAUGGAAAAAGAAAUAUUCUUUUAACACGUGAAAGUAGAUUCACUGAUGCACUAAGUACGUUCUAGAAUCUUUUAAAGAGGUGGAUUAUUUGGUCAGAUGAGAAAUUAAUAUGAAUUAGAUAGGUUGUAGCAAAGUGGGUUGGUGCUCAGGCUUAUUAAGAAAACAAACACACUUGUUUAAGCAGUCAAAUUUCAGUUGCACUUUCCCAGUAUUGUAUAACAAACAAAGGUUCAUAAUAUGAGACUGUUUUACACUGAUGUAGUGUUCUCAUUGAAUGUAUCUUAGGUGUAAUUCUAAUGUAUCGACAAGGAGACACCAACAUAUCAUGCAAGUGAUCAUAACUGUUAUGGAAGAACUGCACUGUGAUUCGACAGAGGGUAUUUUAAUUUAGAAUUCUUUUGAAUGCACAUUUCUCUCUCUAUUGGGUCGAAUACUAGUUGCAUACAGUGUAACAAAAAUAUACAGAUAACCUUCGAGUGUUUGUAGAAGAUAUCUUCAUGAUAGGGCUUAUCCAGCAAAGUCAUCGGACGACGCUACAUAGUGUGGAAAUUGUAUGGGAAACACAUGAAGCAACCCAUCCCUUUGGCAGCAGAUGCGGGCCUGCACUCUGACACUUCUGUUACUAUUGUGCUUAGCAGUCUCUAUCCUGAAGUUCUGCUUUAGAUCCUUCAAUGUACAAACCCAAGACCACUACUAAAAGGGAUCCCUAGCAGCAGGCAUUGGCCACUACCAUAACUUCAAUGAUGUGUAGGUCAUUAGAUGAUGUUUCUGAACGUGGGUUCCUGUCCUCAGUUUGUUCGUAAAGACUCCCUCUACAACUCCCUUGAAACCCGGUGGUGUAUUUGUGUUGAUCAUCCUACACACACACACACACACACACACACACACACACACAAAAUAUGAAGGGAAAAAAUAAACUUGCAGUUAAAAGGUUAAGGCAUACCAGAUUGGAUUUUAAUUUAUGUUCAUGUCAUUGCAGUUGCCUGUGAAAAUAUUUUAUAUUAAUAUACAUACAUAAGAAAUGUGUGUGUUGAGGAGAGGGGGGGGGGGGGGGUUAUAAGUUUGUAUAUAACUUUUGUUUAUUGUGAGGAUCAUACUAUGACAAUCAUUAACACCACUCACAACUCUGAUUUGUACACAAGUAUUUCAGUCAUUAAUCACUGGCAUGUUCAGACUGUAAUAAACACUCCAUACAAUGCAGCCCAUAUACUCUUAAAUAGCUGUAGCCCAUAAUAUUACCUCUAGUCUUCUAAUACAGAUAUUUUUAAUUUUUUGUCAAAGUGACACUUCUAGUAUCCAAUUUUCUUUAUGCAUUAAACUGGAGCAAUAGGUGAAUGAAAAUUUAAUUUGUUAGUGCACAAUACUAGUGUACAGCUAGAUGAUAAUUUUUAGUCAAAACUUUGAAAUUGUGUUAGUACUGUAAAUUGAUAAAAUGUUUGACAGUAUUCUACAUCCAAACUCAAUUUGGAAUAUGAUUUCUUUUGUUGUACACAACCCCCAAAGUUAAGAAGAGAUUGUGUGGUUAGUAUCAGGCCAUGUAUCUAAAGCAUCAGAAACCGCAGUGUGAAAUAAGUGAUUUGCUAGAUUUAUUACUAUGUACUUAACACAAUCAUGUCUUAACAUAAAUAUGUUUGCUGCUUCUCUGUGUAAAAAUAUGUAAACAUAUAUAUUUCACAAUGGCAAUUGGCCAUACUGAACCAGCAACAGAAUCUAAGCCUUACUUACUAACACAGCUGUGUGCCUUAGUGUGUAUCAAAAUAAAUACCCAUCCUGUAAAUAAGUAAUUCUUUGCACUAUUGCUUUUCCACCUCAGCAAGGAUUCAGAGAUGGAAGUUUUCCUGCCAUUUGUGAAAUCUUUGUAUUUUAUACUAUUGUUCAGAAAAUAAACAACACAGUAUUGAUAAUGUGAGCAAUUAGAGCAAUAACUAGGCUACUGUAUAUCAACAGUAUCUUUAAGUAACUUGAAAGUCUUAGAUAAAAUAACUUCUCUUUUAAAGUGACAUGUGGACCAUGUAGAGUACCUACCAUAUGGUAUCUGUAAAUAUUUGUAAUGUAGUGACCUGGCUGCAGUUCCUAAAGUUUAUUGAAACAGGGACAUGUGGCUGAUUUUCACAUCUGCAUAAAUUUUAUGAAAAUCUUUUGGAAAUUUGAUAAAAGCAACAAUUUGAUUUUUUAAGAUUUACUUGUACUUAACUCUUCUGUGUGUACUGUUGUAUACUAACCACCUAAACUUUUUAGAUGCUGUUGAGUAAAUCAAAUUUCUUAUUACUGUAAAUUUUAUUGAUGCUCUGUUGUAAUUUUCAUUCUGGUUUGAUGAUGUGUGCAUAUUAUAUUAUAAUAAUUAUUGGCAAGGCUGAUUUAUUGUAAAAGUUUGUAGCUGUAUCUUUGUUAAAGAGUUUUCAGUAGUAUGUCGAGACAACUUAGAUAAUGUUUCUGUAAUUGUCCGUGCAUUUGAUUCACUCACUGGAGGUGCUGUAUGUUUGAAAUACAUUCACAUUACAUAUUGAAAGA